GGGAAGGACAAGAAGAGUUGCUUAAUGUCGUCAACGAGAUGAAGCGAAAAAUGGAGGAUAUAACUAGUAAUAUUGAGGGAGACGUUUAUGAGGAUGAUAUAUUAUAUGAGAAUAUAUGGUAG